CUGGGCGUCACGUGACCUCACAGCUGAUUUCGUUGGAUGGAGUGUUUUGCUUUGGCCGUUCAUCAUUUCAUGUAGCCAUUUCUGGUUAGCGACGCUAAAGAGUAGCAUUAGCAACCAUCGUCGGCUGUAGCGAGCGACUAUGGCACAGGCAGCACAGGCAAAUGUCUUCGACGCGACCAACUCCCAGAUUCAGGUGGAGCACGAUAAAAAGCGCCGGCAGUUUGUCAUAAGACUCAAUGGAUCUCACGACCGUGCAGUACUUCUGUAUGAAUACGUUGGCAAGAAGACAGUGGAUCUGCAACACACUGAAGUUCCAGAUGCUUACAGAGGAAGAGGAAUAGCCAAACACCUGGCUAAGGCAGCCAUGGAUUUUGUGGUUGAAGAGGAUCUGAAAGCCCACCUGACCUGCUGGUACAUUCAGAAAUACGUCAAAGAGAAUCCUCAGCCUCAGUACUUUGAACAUAUUUAUCAAUGACGCUACACAGUUCUCUGACAAAGAUGAAACGGAGAAAGAGACUCUACGGGGAUAAAUACUGUGUGGCAGCAUGCAUCGGCGUCACAGGCCGAUAUAUAUAACAAAGGACCAUCCAGGCAUUGUUGAACAUGACACUGAGUGACUCCAGACGCAACUGACAUCACAGCAAAGACAUCUGUGAGCUGAACGUUGGGUCGACGGGUCAGUUAUGUCCAUAAUACAGGGACACACCCUCAUCAAAAACAGGAAGUGAAUCAGCUGGUCAUGUCAUGUAAAAUCCAUGAGCAAAUGAACUAACCAAAGCUGAAUCCUGUUACCUCAGACAGAAUCCUUCAGGAUGAAUACCUAUCACUGGCUGGAAGGCUGCGAGCAGAGCUAUAAGAUGACCAGUCCAGGCGUUUUUCUCCACGAUGGUUCAGACUGAAGCAAUGAGGGCUUCACUGAUGCUUAAACUGUGAUGACUUUUAUAUUUUGACCCCCUUUUGUUUUUUUUCUAUGGCUUUGUUUUUGUCUUUUUAAAUUUUUUUUAUCUUACUUUUCACUCCUCUCACAAAACUGUGUUUCUAAAUCUAAUGCUAAUUUAGUAGAUUGUUAAUCCUGAAGGCUUCGUUCAAGCCACUCAGAAGAGGGUUUUUUGCCAGGUUAAGGGUUUUAUUUGAAAAUAUAAUGUUUAUUUUGAAGACAUUUUAUAUUCCUGAACUCUCAAUUAGGUUCCAGCGCUAAUGUAUCCACUUCAGUUCUUCCCGGUAACAGAAACUUACUGUCAAUUAUUGGGGAUAUAAAUUGAUCAGUCAAAGAUGCAGGGAUUUAUGAACCAAAGAACCUGAAACUGAGGAUGUCUUACUCUGGAGACACAAUCCUGAACAAGCCUCAAGACAAAACUCAUCAUUUCCUCUGUUGUACGUGUUAAAUGUUACAAACACUGGGUCUGAAGCUUGUCACUGUGUGGUACAACACCUCGGCUUGGAUAUGGAUAAACAUCUCUGCACUGCUAUAUUCAGGGCAUUUACAUUAUAUGGUGUCAAGUGUUCUUUGUUCUGUCUUUCAGGGAAAGUAGAGCGGAUGGCCGAAAUCAGAAAUCACUUGAUAUGUUUUGUUUUUCUCUUACCCACAAGGCUUCCUUCACCAGCUGAUGUUGAAACAAUAAAGGUCAUCAUUGAAGAAAACUUUCACUGAAAACAACAAAAGGUUUACUGUGGAUUCACCUUUUGGGCUCUUCGGGAGCUUUUGCUGUCGACAAUCUUAAACGUUGAGGAGAAACAUACCUCAGGUUACUCAACACACAGGACACACGUCUGCUUUAAUAACUAAGAGGUAAUCGCAGGAAACCACUUUCCCUUUAUACAACUUUCCUUUAGGUGACACACAUCCAUUGAUAGGCCAAGGUAUUCAAGGUGUUUAUGUUUGUUUAUAUUUGUGUGUUUUCUGGAAUGGAUGUUUUGAGCAUAUGGGUCCACCGAAUGCUUCAAAGUGUACCUUCCUUGUUGUACUGUUUUGUGCUUGAGACUUUUUUCCAUUCUUGUUGUCUAUCAAUAAAUAAAACACAUACUUAUCACAUUA